AUGGUGAUCAAGAGUGUGGAAUCCUUUAUUGAGAUUUGUGCAACAUUUUCUUGGGUCUUGCGUGAUCUAUUUAAAUGUUUUGGUAUGUGGAGAUUGGGGGUCACAGUUGCGACUGAUGACAAGUUUAUCGGGAACCAUGCCUUUGGCCAGUCAUUUCAAGAAGUUUGCAAGAAAAAUGCAGACUUGCAAUCGUGGGACACAGACCUCAAAACCCAUGCAGAAGAGAUCUUGAAAACCUUCAAGGGUAAAGGAGGUCUCUCGAUUGAUUCUUGGAAACCAUUCACACUCUAUGCGUGGUAUUCAAACAAGAAGAUUGUGCAAGCAAUCUUGGAAUUCAAGGAAGAUAUAACUAAAGGGAAGGGGAUUAGUAAGAAGAAGAAGAGAAAUGAAGAAAGAGUGAACAUCCUGGCUGACAAGUAUAUUAAGAAUAGCUCAAACAUGCUGGAUUUCCUUUCUGAAAUGGAAAACUUCCUCAUGCUUGUUCAUAAUAGCCAUUCAAAUAUUGCAACAGUGAUUCAAAAGUACUUUAAGAUCCACAAUGAAAUGAGUGGAGCUGAGUUCUACGGGAUGAUUACGGAUAAAUUAAAAAAGCUCAAGGACUCUGAUAAUACCUUUGACCAUUUUGCUGAAAACUUGCUCAAAAAGGCAGUAAGUUUGAAGAGCCAGCAUGAAGAAAUGAUUCAUAAUUUGCAAGUCGAAAUCAUUAAACUUAGUAAGAAGGAGAAACACGCGAAAUCAUGGAAGAACGUCGCAUAUAUGAUAUUUGUAGGCGCUGUGGUAGUGUGGUUCGUUUGGCUAUUGCCUGAAUUGUGA